AAUGGGAGAGCUUGAACAUGGAGAGAAUACAGAUUAGGGUUAGCUAAUCAAGAUAAUAGUUUUGCUCUGAUCUGUUAUGCAUGGCUCUGGAAUGGGGAAUACUGGGGGUGGCAGCAGGAGUAGAGCUUCUGUUACUGCUGGUUAUAACAUUACCAGGAGCUCAAAGUUUGAGGAAGACACUUAUUUCUUUCUCUAGAGCUUCCCUGAGGCCCCUCCUCACAGUGGUUCCCUUCUCAUGCUUUCUUUUGAUGGACAUCUACUGGAAGUAUGAUCACUUGCCCACCUGUGAAGGAUCUGAAUGCACUUCCUAUGAGCUUGACAGGCACUACAAAUCUGUUUUGAAGAUGCAGAGAAACCUCCUUCUUGUGGGUGGGGCUCUGGUUUUGUAUUGGCUUCUCUACAGAGUCACAUUCAUGCUGGUUUGCAUGGAACAGCUUCACUUGCAGGUCAAGAAGUUUAAGGAUGCAGACAUUAAAGAGGCAGACAAAUGAUUUGUUCAUGGCUUCCAUGGAUUUAUGUGGGUUCUGAUUGAGGUUGUCACAGGAUCAAGUUUCUGUCAUGCUCUUUAUUGAUGGGUGUUUUGGAAUGCUUGUUUUCAGUUGGGAAUGUUUGUAUAGGUUUUAGAGACAAGUUAUGGAAUAAUUUAUAUAGUGUUGUGAGGUUGGGUCAAUUUGGAAUGUCUGUUCAAUUUGUGGUAUUUUUCCUUGUAAUGCAAGUCGUUAGUUGAUUUUUCAAUAAUUCGUAUCAUUUUGGAA